AUGGUAUCACUAGAGCAAAAUAGGUUCUACGCGCGCAUUCGCUGCCCCCGCGCGCACUCGGUCCCCUCGCGCUCACUCACUCCCGCGCGCACUAGCUCCCUCCACGCGCACUCGAUCCCCCAGCGUGCAUUCGCCCCCCCCGCUCUCACUCGCUCCCACCGCGCUCACUCGCUCCCUCCGCGCGCACUCGCUCCGCCAGCGCGCAUUAGCUUCCGUCGCGCGCACUUGCCCCCCCCGCGCUCACUCGCUCCCCCCGCGCGCACUCGCUCCCUCCGCGCGCACUCGCUCCCUCCGCGCGCACUCCCUCCCUCCGCGCUCACUUGCUCCCCCCAAGCUCACUCGCUCCCCCCACGCUCACUCGCUCUCCCCGCGCUCACUCGCUCCCCCCCGCGCUCACUCGCUCCCCCCCCCGCGCACUCACUCCCCCAGCGCGCAUUCGCUCCCCCCGCGCUCACUCGCUCCCCCCCCCCGUGCACUCGCUCACCCUCUCCCAAACGCUUAGGCCUCCUCCUUCCCCUCUUACUAUCUCCUCCACCGCCUCUCCCCCCUUCUAACCGCUCGUCUUUCCCUCCCUGCAUCCCCUCCUUUCCCUCUCUGCAUCUCCUCCCUUUCCCUCUCUGCAUCCCCUCCUUUCCCUCCCUGCAUCCCCUCCUUUCCCUCUCUGCAUCCCCUCCUUUCCCUCCCUGCAUCCCCUCCUUUCCCUCUCUGCAUCCCCUCCUUUCCCUCUCUGCAUCCCCUCCUUUCCCUCUCUGCAUCCCCUCCUUUCCCUCUCUGCAUCCGCUCCUUUCCCUCUAUGCAUCCCCUCCUUUCCCUCUCUGCAUCCCCUCCUUUCCCUCCCUGCAUCCCCUCCUUUCCCUCUCUGCAUCCCCUCCUUUCCCUCCCUGCAUCCCCUCCUUUCCCUCUCUGCAUCCCCUCCUUUCCCUCUCUGCAUCCCCUCCUUUCCCUCUCUGCAUCCCCUCCUUUUCCUCCCUGCAUCCCCUCCUUUCCCUCUCUGCAUCCCCUCCUUUCCCUCUAUGCAUCCCCUCCUUUCCCUCUCUGCAUCCCCUCCUUUCCCUCUCUGCAUCCCCUCCUUUCCCUCUCUGCAUCCCCUCCUUUCCCUCUCUGCAUCCCCUCCUUUCCCUCCCUGCAUCCCCUCCUUUCCCUCUCUGCAUCCCCUCCUUUCCCUCUCUGCAUCCCCUCCUUUCCCUCUCUGCAUCCCCUCCUUUCCCUCUCUGCAUCCCCUCCUUUCCCUCCCUGCAUCCCCUCCUUUCCCUCUCUGCAUCCCCUCCUUUCCCUCUCUGCAUCCCCUCCUGUCCCUCUCUGCAUCCCCUCCUUUCCCUCUCUGCAUCCCCUCCUUUCCCUCCCUGCAUCCCCUCCUUUCCCUCUCUGCAUCCCCUCCUUUCCCUCUCUGCAUCCCCUCCUUUCCCUCUCUGCAUCCCCUCCUUUCCCUCUCUGCAUCCCCUCCUUUUCCUCCCUGCAUCCCCUCCUUUUCCUCCCUGCAUCCUCUCCUUUCCCUCUCUGCAUCCCCUCCUUUCCCUCUCUGCAUCCCCUCCUUUCCCUCUCUGCAUCCCCUCCUUUUCCUCUCUGCAUCCCCUCCUUUCCCUCUCUGCAUCCCCUCCUUUCCCUCUCUGCAUCCCCUCCUUUCCCUCUCUGCAUCCCCUCCUUUCCCUCUCUGCAUCCCCUCCUUUCCCUCUCUGCAUCCCCUCCUUUCCCUCUCUGCAUCCCCUCCUUUCCCUCUCUGCAUCCCCUCCUUUUCCUCUCUGCAUCCCCUCCUUUUCCUCUCUGCAUCCCCUCCUUUCCCUCUCUGCAUCCCCUCCUUUCCCUCUCUGCAUCGCCUCCUUUCCCUCCCUGCAUCCCCUCCUUUCCCUCCCUGCAUCCCCUCCUUUCCCUCUCUGCAUCCCCUCCUUUCCCUCUCUGCAUCUCCUCCUUUCCCUCUCUGCAUCCCCUCCUUUCCCUCCCUGCAUCCCCUCCUUUCCCUCCCUGCAUCCCCUCCUUUCCCUCUCUGCAUCCCCUCCUUUCCCUCUCUGCAUCCCCUCCUUUCCCUCUCUGCAUCCCCUCCUUUCCCUCUCUGCAUCCCCUCCUUUCCCUCUCUGCAUCCCCUCCUUUCCCUCUCUGCAUCCCCUCCUUUCCCUCUCUGCAUCCCCUCCUUUUCCUCCCUGCAUUCCCUCCUUUCCCUCUCUGCAUCCCCUCCUUUCCCUCUCUGCAUCCCCUCCUUUCCCUCUCUGCAUCCCCUCCUUUCCCUCCCUGCAUCCCCUCCUUUUCCUCCCUGCAUCCCCUCAUUUCCCUCUCUGCAUCCCCUCCUUUCCCUCUCUGCAUCCCCUCCUUUCCCUCUCUGCAUCCCCUCCUUUCCCUCUCUGCAUCCCCUCCUUUCCCUCUUUGCAUCCCCUCCUUUCCCUCUCUGCAUCCCGUCCUUUCCCUCUCUGCAUCCCCUCCUUUUCCUCUCUGCAUCCCCUCCUUUCCCUCUCUGCAUUCCCUCCUUUCCCUCUCUGCAUCCCCUCCUUUCCCUCUCUGCAUCCCCUCCUUUCCUUCUCUGCAUCCCCUCCUUUCCCUCUCUGCAUCCCCUCCUUUUCCUCCCUGCAUUCCCUCCUUUCCCUCUCUGCAUCCCCUCCUUUCCCUCUCUGCAUCCCCUCCUUUCCCUCUCUGCAUCCCCUCCUUUCCCUCUCUGCAUCCCCUCCUUUCCCUCUCUGCAUCCCCUCCUUUCCCUCUCUGCACCCCCUCCUUUCCCUCUCUGCAUCCCCUCCUUUUCCUCCCUGCAUUCCCUCCUUUUCCUCCCUGCAUUCCCUCCUUUCCCUCUCUGCAUCCCCUCCUUUCCCUCUCUGCAUCCCCUCCUUUCCCUCUCUGCAUCCCCUCCUUUCCCUCUCUGCAUCCCCUCCUUUCCCUCCCUGCAUCCCCUCCUUUCCCUCUCUGCAUCCCCUCCUUUCCCUCUCUGCAUCCCCUCCUUUCCCUCUCUGCAUCCCCUCCUUUCCCUCUCUGCAUCCCCUCCUUUCCCUCUCUGCAUCCCCUCCUUUCCCUCUCUGCAUCCCCUCCUUUCCCUCCCUGCAUCCCCUCCUUUCCCUCUCUGCAUCCCCUCCUUUCCCUCUCUGCAUCCCCUCCUUUCCCUCUCUGCAUCCCCUCCUUUCCCUCUCUGCAUCCCCUCCUUUCCCUCCCUGCAUCCCCUCCUUUCCCUCUCUGCAUCCCCUCCUUUCCCUCUCUGCAUCCCCUCCUUUCCCUCUCUGCAUCCCCUCCUUUCCCUCUCUGCAUCCCCUCCUUUCCCUCUCUGCAUCCCCUCCUUUCCCUCUCUGCAUCCCCUCCUUUCCCUCUCUGCAUCCCCUCCUUUCCCUCUCUGCAUCCCCUCCUUUCCCUCUCUGCAUCCCCUCCCUUCCCUCUCUGCAUCCCCUCCUUUCCCUCUCUGCAUCCCCUCCUUUCCCUCUCUGCAUCCCCUCCUUUCCCUCUCUGCAUCCCCUCCUUUCCCUCUCUGCAUCCCCUCCUUUCCCUCUCUGCAUCCCCUCCUUUCCCUCUCUGCAUCCCCUCCUUUCCCUCUCUGCAUCCCCUCCUUUUCCUCCCUGCAUUCCCUCCUUUCCCUCUCUGCAUCCCCUCCUUUCCCUCUCUGCAUCCCCUCCUUUCCCUCUCUGCAUCCCCUCCUUUCCCUCUCUGCAUCCCCUCCUUUCCCUCCCUGCAUCCCCUCCUUUCCCUCUCUGCAUCCCCUCCUUUCCCUCUCUGCAUCCCCUCCUUUCCCUCUCUGCAUCCCCUCCUUUCCCUCUCUGCAUCCCCUCCUUUCCCUCUCUGCAUCCCCUCCUUUCCUUCUCUGCAUCCCCUCCUUUCCCUCUCUGCAUCCCCUCCUUUUCCUCCCUGCAUUCCCUCCUUUCCCUCUCUGCAUCCCCUCCUUUCCCUCUCUGCAUCCCCUCCUUUCCUUCUCUGCAUCCCCUCCUUUCCCUCUCUGCAUCCCCUCCUUUUCCUCCCUGCAUUCCCUCCUUUCCCUCUCUGCAUCCCCUCCUUUCCCUCUCUGCAUCCCCUCCUUUCCCUCUCUGCAUCCCUCCUUCCUCUCCUCCCUCUCUGCAUCCCCUCCUUUCCCUCUCUGCAUCCCCUCCUUUCCCUCUCUGCAUCCCCUCCUUUCCCUCCCUGCAUCCCCUCCUUUCCCUCUCUGCAUCCCCUCCUUUCCCUCUCUGCAUCCCCUCCUUUCCCUCUCUGCAUCCCCUCCUUUCCCUCUCUGCAUCCCCUCCUUUCCCUCCCUGCAUCCCCUCCUUUCCCUCUCUGCAUCCCCUCCUUUCCCUCCCUGCAUCCCCUCCUUUCCCUCCCUGCAUCCCCUCCUUUCCCUCUCUGCAUCCCCUCCUUUCCCUCUCUGCAUCCCCUCCUUUCCCUCUCUGCAUCCCCUCCUUUCCCUCCCUGCAUCCCCUCCUUUCCCUCCCUGCAUCCCCUCCUUUCCCUCUCUGCAUCCCCUCCUUUCCCUCUCUGCAUCCCCUCCUUUCCCUCUCUGCAUCCCCUCCUUUCCCUCUCUGCAUCCCCUCCUUUCCCUCUCUGCAUCCCCUCCUUUUCCUCCCUGCAUCCCCUCCUUACCCCCCCUGCAUUCCCCCUGCUUCCUAUCUCACUCAAGAUACAGACAGGGAAACGGCUACAGUAGUGGCCCAAUUCACGUCGCUCACCCUCGUCGCUGCCGCUGCCGCCCCUUCCGCCACCACUGCUGCCACGUCAGCAGUCGCCGGCAUGCAUGCUGACAUGGCAGUGAGCAUGCCAGCUAUUUGCUCCUAG